CUUAAAAAAAGCAAAAUAAAAAGGGUAUCCCAUUUCCUCUCAUUCUCUUCUUGCAAACAAUGCAGGGGUAUUCCUUUUCCUUGUAACGAGAUCUGAUUCUUUCUCCUUCAAUCCUUUAUCCUCUUCCCCAACCAACAAAAGCAAAAGAUGAUGAUGACAAAGCAAUCUCUAUUCCACAGCGCACUCCUCACACUAUACCUCAUAGCUCCUCCAACGUUCAUCUCUCUCACCUUCCUCCAAGCCCCAUACGGCAAACACCACAGACCAGGUUGGGGUCCGAACCUGCCUCCACCCCUGGCAUGGUUCCUCAUGGAAAGCCCCACUCUCUGGCUCACCCUCAUCCUCUUCCCCCGUGGACCCCACUCCUCCGACCCCAAAGCUAUUACCGUCAUCACUCCUUUCCUCUUUCACUACUUCAACCGCACCAUCCUCUACCCCCUUCGCCUUCUCUCUACUCCUUCGACUAAAACUGCAUCUGGUUUCCCUCUCAGCGUCGCUCUCAUCGCAUUCGCUUUCAACGCGCUCAACUCCUACGUGCAGACCACGUCCCUCUCUCGCUACAAUCACUCCGCCGACGUUUCGUGCUUUUGGUGCCGCUUCUUUUUGGGCUUGUUGGUGUUCCUGUGUGGGAUGUGGAUCAAUGUUUGGGCUGAUAGGGUUUUGUUGAAGCUCAAAAGUGAGGGGAAAGGGUACGUUGUUCCUAAGGGAGGGUUGUUUGAGGUCGUUUCGUGUCCCAAUUACUUUGGGGAGAUUGUGGAGUGGCUUGGGUGGGCCGUUAUGACUUGGUCUUGGGCCGGGCUGGGCUUCUUUGUCUAUACUUUUGCUAACUUGGGCCCCAGGGCGCGUGCUAAUCACCGCUGGUAUUUGGAGAAGUUUGGGGAGGAUUAUCCCAGGAAAAGGAAAGCUGUUAUUCCUUAUUUGUAUUGAUUUUUCUUCAUGCCUUGUGUAACUCGGGAGUUUGUAGAGGUCAGAGGAAAAAUUGAAAAAAAAUAAAAUUGAAUGUGUUGCA